AUGAGCUUCAAUAAGAACAACCCCAACGCGAUGGGGAAAAUCAUGGGAUAUCUGAAGCAGCUCUCCACUGAAAUGGGAGGGAGCGAACAAACCCGUCGUGGACAAGGCGACGAAGAGCGCCUGUACCGGACCAGAGGACCCAAAUACGCUAGGGUUCCAUCACGAACAACUUUGUCCGCGUCAACAACCUGCACCUCGUUAGCUACUUCUUGUGGCUCUCAGGGAACCCUUGUGCCAAAUUACGCAGCGAUUCCUGAAAUCGUUUCCACGGAGAGUAGCAGCGAAGACGAGCAAGAUUCCUUCGAAAAAACGCGACGCCAUUUCCAACAAUUGCGUCAGAUCAGUCUAGGAAACGAGUUCAAAUAUAAAAUGGAAAUGGAAAUCAAGAGCGCAAAAGAUGAGAAUCUGCGUAAUUCUGUGCCAUUCGUAAAACAAUUAAGCACCGAUAGCAAUAAAGUUAAAACUGAUUAUACAAUCAACGGAGACCGCCAACCAUAUAAUGCUCCAGCCAAGAAGCGACUGUAUCUCUUGACACAGAUAUUUGCGGCAUUUGCUGUAUCUAUGGGAUCCAUGAUAGUCGGUUUUUCUUCUGGCUACACGUCCCCAGCUCUACCGAGUAUGAACGCAACUCUUAUUAUAGGAAAAGAGGAGAAUAGUUGGAUUGGCGGUAUAAUGCCUCUGGCUGCAUUGGUGGGCGGUGUUUUGGGUGGUCCGCUUAUCGAAUCGAUUGGAAGGAAGCUUACUAUUAUGGGCACCGCAAUACCGUUUUUCAUGGGAUGGAUGUUAAUUGCGAAUGCCAAUGGAGUCGGUAUGGUGUUGGCCGGGCGAGCUUUUUGCGGUUUAUGUGUUGGAGUUGGAAGUCUCGCUUUUCCCGUAUAUCUUGGAGAAACGAUUCAGCCAGAAGUUCGUGGUGCUCUUGGUCUACUUCCAACUGCGUUUGGUAAUACGGGAAUACUGUUGGCAUUCCUUAUUGGUGCAUACAUUGAUUGGUCGAACUUGGCAUUCUGUGGUGCAGCACUUUCUAUUCCAUUUUUCUUGUUAAUGAUUAUGACGCCGGAGACACCACGCUGGUACGUUACAAAAGGACGCGCCGAAGACGCUCGUAAAGCUCUACAAUGGCUGAGAGGUAAAAACGUCAAUAUUGAAAAGGAGAUGCGGGAUCUUACACGAUCUCAAGCUGAAUCUGAUCUCGUCGGCGGCAAUCUUUUCAGACAACUGUUUACGAAGAAAUAUAUACCAGCAGUUCUCAUCUCACUGGGACUUAUGUUUUUCCAACAACUGAGCGGUAUCAACGCAGUUAUUUUCUACGCAUCCGCCAUCUUCAAAUCAGCAGGCAGCACUAUUGAUGAAAACGUAUCCUCUGUCAUCAUCGGAGUGGUCAAUUUUGUGUCCACUUUCAUUGCAACAGUACUUAUUGACAGACUUGGAAGAAAAAUGUUAUUAUACAUUUCUUCUGUGGCAAUGAUUGUGACUUUAGUUACUUUGGGUUCGUAUUACUACGUUCAGAAAGUCGGUGUAGACGUCAGCGCUUACGGGUGGUUGCCACUUGCUUGCCUUAUGAUAUACGUACUGGGCUUCUCUAUUGGUUUUGGACCCAUCCCCUGGUUGAUGCUUGGAGAAAUUUUACCAUCGAAAAUCCGCGGGACUGCGGCAUCGUUGGCAACAGGAUUUAACUGGACCUGCACGUUCAUUGUUACCAAAACAUUCCUUAAUAUAACGGAAGUUAUUCACAUGCACGGCACCGUGUGGUUAUUUUCUGUGAUAUGCCUUGUUGGGCUCUUCUUUGUUAUUUUCUACGUACCUGAAACGCGCGGCAAAAGUCUGGAGGAGAUUGAGAAAAAAUUGACAGGCGGGUCACGCAGAAUACGGAAUAUUAACGCCAACAAACAAAUACAAAAUGGCUGUUAA